AUGAUAUUUAUUCCAUUAUCAAUUUUAUCUACUAUUAUUCUAUUAUGGAGUUUGGUGAAAUAUUCAACUGCUCUUAAUUGUUUCAAAUGUAUGACAACAAAUGUUGAUAAUGAUACGUGCAAUGAUCCAUUUAAUGCAAUAGAAAAUCAACUUGAAUUUGAUUGUCAAGCAACAUGGAAGGGAAAACAAGGAACAUUUCCAGCUCGAUUUUGUGUUAAAAUAUCUGGAACAGUACUUGAUAUUGAAGAGAAUGUCAAUUCAACAUAUUUAUAUAAAAAAAUAUUUUUAAGAACGUGUAUUGUUGAAAAUAUUAUGGAUUCAACAAAGAGUCCCGACUCUACUGGAAAUUUUCGUUUACAAGGUUUUCAGGGUCUAAUUGGUUUACGUAUACAAGGUACAAUAGCUAUGAAUCAUCCAUCAUUCUAUCAAACUGGACUUCCAUUAGAUAAUAUCUCUGCAUCAUCAUUAUAUCGUGUUCCAAUGAAUUAUCAACUACUAAAUAAUCCAAUAGGAUCGAAUUUUCAAGAUUUUAGAACAAUAUUUCAACCCCAAGCCUCAAAUGGACCUACAAUUCAAUAUUAUCCUCCAAUAGCAUCACCACCGUCAUUAACUGAAAAUUCAGAACGUGAUAUCUUUGAUUUAGAUUCACCAUCAAUAUCGAGUCAAAGUGAUAAUAGUAUAUUGAGCAUUGAUUCAUUUCCAACACAAUAUCAACAAAAGUCAAAUGAUUAUUCUAUACGACCAGUGCCCACAACUGCAUCAUCAGACGAGAAUGAUGGAACUAAUGAUGAAAAUGAAGGAUCUAAAAUUUUACGUAAACGAAAAAAACAUACUCAAGUUGAAAAACAACGUCGUCAGUUAGAAAAAUCUCAUUUUCGCGAAAUGUCUAUUUUGUUAUCCGAUUCAACAGAUUCUCAAACAGCUAAGCAUCGUUAUUUAGAUUUACUAAAUAUUGCAACGAAAAAAAUAAUUGAACUACAUACAAAACAUACAAAUGAUCCAUUAAAACCAUCAAAUUUAACUGAAAAAGAAUUAAAUUAUCUAUUAAUUCAAGCGAAUACUUCAUUUGUAUUUGUUCUAUUACUAGAAAUAAAUAAUCAAUUUGGUGAUAUUGUCUAUGUUACUGAUUCAAUUCAACGUGUAUUAAAUUUUACAUCAAAACAAAUUAUUAAUAAAAAAUUUUACGAUCUGAUUCAUCCAGAUGAUGUUGAAAUGGUACGAAAUGAAUUGAAUUCAUUAUCAUAUAAUUUAACAUCAGGCAUCAAAUGUCAUUUAAAAUGUAAAAUUCGAAAAUCCUUAGACAAUAAUACAUACACGCCAAUCAUAAUCGAUGGUAUUACAAAAUAUAUCAGAAAAGGAUUAUUAUUGUCUUCUGUCGCUGAUCCAUCAUCAACUAUGUUUGUAGUUGUUUGUGUUGCCCAUUUACCACGUAUUGUUACAUUUGCUGACAAAAAUCAAUUGCAAAAUAAUGAUACAUUACGUUUUCGUUGUCGUUGUUCACCAAAAGAUUGGAAAAUAUUUUUAAUUGAUCGAUCCUAUUCAAAUUUGGAUAUUGGUAAUGGUAUUAACGAUACCAUAGGACAAUGUUUGUUUAAUUUUAUUCAUAAUAACCAACAAAUUCUACAAUUAUUUGAACAAGCAAGCAUUAGGCAAAUAGUUAAUGAACAACAACACAAAUGUCAAUUAAAAUGCAAUGGAAAUUUAAUAUUAAUGAAUUUGACUAUAAAAUCACAUUAUAAUCCUGUUACACAUCAGCCAGAUUUUAUUGAAUGUACAUUUGAUAGUUGUUCAUCGGACACAAACCACAUUCAAAUGAUUAGCGGAAACUUGGACAAUAAUUUUACAUUUAAUCCGAAUGAUUUAUGGGAUGAUACAUUGAUUGAUGUAUCACAGCAACCAGAAGACCAAACCCUGUACGAAGCUUUUUUUGAUUCGCUAGAUAGUAUUUUAGAAAAUCCUUGUUGA